AUGGAGCCUGAUUCGCAGCCAAGCUGUGGGCCCGGCCCGGCGCUCCUGGUGCUGGCACGCUCGAACGAGCCGCCUGAGGUCAGGGCCAAGGUCAAGGCCGCCAUUCUCGCUCCGACACUCGAUGCCAAGGCUCUGUGGGCGCUCGCCGCCGCCGACCACGUCUCGGAUGACUACGUCAUUCGCAUCGCCCGCGCGCUCGCCGACGCCGAGCCGACCUUGCUCGCCACCGCGCCUGCCGAGGCUUCUGCUGGCGCCAAGUGGACUGACGUUGACAUCGACGUCACCACAGAUGCGUGA